AUGAAGUCAAUUACACCCACACACAUAGAAAGUAAAUAUCCUAAUGAAAUGGUGCAUAAGUCGACAAUCAUACCUUUAUCCAGUUUGUUUAUGCAGUUCAAGGAAGAGAAGAAGUAUGAUGACGUAGUUAAUAUCCUCUCUACAUAUGAAAAUACCUUGGAAGAUAUAUACUCAAAGGCCAAAUUGAUCAAAAUUCCAAAAGGUACAAAACCAGCAGCAGCUUCAAAUGUCAGUUUGUCUGGUGUGGCAUCACACCCUGAUCAACCUGGUGCUCAUGCGGAAAAAAAUUACAGUGAGGACCACAUGAAAGAUGUCCAGGUACCAUUUGGUGGAGACCAGAUGACAAGGGUUCUUUUCGCAGGGGCAAAAAAUUUGCAUAGAGGAUGCCAUGCUGUCAAGAUGUGGUAGGACUGAACAAUUAGUCAUGCAUCAUUAGUAUUCAUAUCGAUUUAGUAUUCAUGUAUAUAAGUACGUUUUAUAGUUCAAUACAUGUUGUCUUUUACAGUAGCUUGCUUUGACUUUAACUGAGAACAUUACAUGGUGGCAAUGUAAAAAAAGCUUGAAAUAAAAUGGAAGCUUGCUAAACUUAACCAAGUAUCGUUUGAAGGAAAUGUAGCCAAAAACUGGCAAAGAUUCAAACAGAAAUUUGAAAUAUUCAUUGUAGCGUCGGUAAAUGUGGUAAGCAAAAUCACUUUGCCAUGACAACACUUAGACGCUGUGAGCAGUACUGAGAAGAGUGGGAUAUCACGGUAGAGAUUUUCAAUAAGCCAUUGAAAUUUAAACUAGACACUGGAGCAAUGUGCAAGUGCAACAUUUUGCCCAAAUCCCAAAUUGAGAGCUUAGGCUCAACAAUUCAGUUGAAACAGACGAACACUAGACUAAUUUUGUACAGUGGAAAUGUGAUUGACGUUGAAGGAACAGUAAUAUUACCUGUGUUUUACAGAAGCAUGCAGUAUUUACUCUAGUUCUAUGUUAUAAAUAAUCCUGUCCAGGCUAUAUUAGGCUUGAAAGCGUGUGAAGAGUUGAAAGUUAUACGAAGAGUAGAAGAAAUGAGUAAAACCGACAAUGCAGAAUUCGAAGCUUAUGAAGAUGUUUUUUCAACUGGUGUUAUCGGAUGUCUGCCAGUAACUCAUCAUAUAGAGAUAGACAAAAACGUAAAACCUGUUGUGCAUGCACUGCAUCAAGUUCCAGCAGCACUCCGUCCAAAAAUCCAAGCAGAAUUGGAUCGUAUGGAGAAGUUACUACACCAACAGAAUGGGUCUCAUCACUUGUUACGGUUGUCAAUAUUUGUUUGUGUAUUGACCCCAAAGAUCUGA